GGCUACGCUCUAUGGUACAAGUGCAGCAAGCAGGCUACACACGUGUGUGCCUUAUUUGCAUAUGCACUCUCAUUUUUGUGUCUCCAGGUCAGGUGUUGCUUAGAGCUACCGGAAAACAUUUAAAGAAAAAUAGAAACAGUCUCAGGUAUCAGCCAUGGCGCAGCAGAACAUUGAGGAAGACCUAAAGAACCAGCUGCAGGACAUCCUAACAAGGCUGCAGUCCAAAAACUUCUUCCAGUCUGACUGGGACAUCGCCUCCUUUGCAAUCUUUUUCAUUUUCAUUGGUAUGGUUCUGCUCCUCAUUCUCCUGGUCCUCAUUCGCUGCUGCUGUUGCUGCUGCUGUGAUGCAGAGAAGCCAUAUAGGACAAAAGUGGGCAUUGAGAAUUUAGCAAUGGAGCCAUAGAAGGUGCAGGGAGUGGAGAGGAGGCCUGACUCAACUUUGCCAAACUCCUGGCAUAUGAAGACAUAAGAGAACAAACAUAUGGAACCAGUUAAAAUCUAUUUCACCACCAGUUUUGAUUCCCACUCCUUGAACUAUGUAUUGCAACGCCAUCGGAAAUGACCAUAUCAAGGGUGGAACUGCUAUACUUAAAAUGUCUUAUGAAUAUGUAUGAAAAAACCUCUGAGUUGUACUUUCUGUAAGUUUUUAAUCUGUGUGGGGAAAAACUUUUUUUUUAAAUAAAUAAAUAAAUAAAUAAAAUGAAUAAAAUUUUAAUGCACUGACUAAUUCCUCAGGGAAAAAGCUGUCUGACCAAGAAGAAAUGUCUGUUUUUGAUAUGAAGUGAGAGCAGUAGAUCAGACUUAUUUUGAGAAGCAUUUUGUGAAUGUCACAACCACAGAAACAAAAAUUGCUAUGUGGGAUUAUUGUUAUUAAAAUAUUUUGCAUUUUUUAAAAUUUUAUUCUAAUUUACUUUCCUUUUACUUUUUGAAAUUAGAAUAUCAUCUGAAAAUUUUAUUUUUCUUGGUUUAAACUUUUGAACCCUGUAAGGGUGUUGUUGAAAUAACAAAAUUAACACCUUUUUCACUAUAAAGUAGGUAAAAAAGUUAAAAGGAAUCAAUGAUUGUACCUUGUGUAUUCUUUCAAAAUAAAAGUAUGGCUUAAAUUUUUUAUGAAAGCACA